CUUUUUUAAAGGGGGAAAAAGUUAAAUGUCUAUCAUAUUGCCUAGAGAAGGCUGGAAGUCACAAAAACUGUUGGCAAGAAUAUGUCAUAACUGCCUCUCAAGGCAAACAACCCCCGUUGUCUUGCGUCGACUGACCACCACUACGGCUAUCGCACCCAUCCCACCCAAACCAAAAAACACACUCUUUGAAGACUUUCGCCAUGAGAUAUACCAACCCUCUUUAAAUACAACUGAUACGAGUCUAUACAACCCACAUGUUCGAAAAACGAUCCAUCGAAGAGAAUCAAGAAAACGACUGAUGCAAUGGUACAAACAACUCAAGCGACAAUCACCAGCCCUUCUUGCUCAACUCACACAACACGAUCUAGACCAGUUUAUUGAACGCUUUGCUUCUACGCAUCACCCAGACGACCCAAGUGCUCAAACGUCACUUCUUCAAGCACUUCACAUCCUGGACGAUCUAAAACGAGGCGACUUGUUCUUACAGGCUACAUUUCGUGUUCAAGAUGCAGAACGUAUGAUUUAUUAUGCAUCGAUGCUUCAGUUACCCAAGCGAGCAGAGAAUGUGUUAACGGAGAUCGUGAUUGAGAAAAAGCAGACGAUCAGUAUGGCUGCGUAUGAAGCAGUGAUUGACUUGCUGGUUCGACAGAAACGGUUGAAACGAGUCAAUUUCUGGUUAGAUCAUUUGGCUCAGCAGCAAUUGGCACCUUCGCGUAGAAUUGUGAGGACAAUGGUAUUACAUAAAUUAGAACAAGGACAAAUGGACGAGGCAGUCGCGUAUUUAAAGCAACAUCACCCUGGCCAAGACUUAACACAGUUGGUAGCGCGAUAUGAUGACCAUGAAUUGGUAGCACAAGCAUUAGGUGUGUUUGGUAAAGACGCGAUGGAUCAAUGGCAACUGAAUUCAGUGCGAUCCAUCUACUUGAUUCGACGUCAACUGAAAAUCGGGUCAUUGCAGUUCCUUCGGAAUCUGAUCAACAAAGCACUCUAUACAUAUCAAAUACGAACAGCAGAAAGUGUGUUGAAAGAUACUUUGUCUGUUCAAGACAUUGCAGGUGCACAACUGUGUUCUCAACGCAUCAUUCAAUGGUACUUGACAAACAAAAACAUCAAGCAGGCUGUGCAAGUAUGGGAAUGGAUGGAUAAAGCAGGGAUUCCCCUCUUCCAAGGCAUUUUCAAGUCAUUGGUGGAACAUGCAGCCAAAAUGAAAUACCAUGUGGAUACAAUGCGUCUAUAUACAAGAUACAAAGAAUUAUACCCUCACAUGCAGCCUGACAUGGCUAUUUAUGUCUUACGCUGUAUGGUUCGUGCAAAGCAAUGGGAUAGAGCACAACAGUUGGCUAUGGAGGUUGAGUCUACGUUGCCUACACUGAAUCCUCCCUUGGCCAAGAUGGCUGUACGUACCUUGUUUGGUCUAUGUGCACAAACAGGCCGUGUGGAUUGGUUUGAACGGGUCUUUCGAACAAGUGAAUCCAUGCAGUUAUCACUGACACAUGAAGGAUUGACGUCUUUGACUGCUUGUUAUCUGGAACGCGGUGAUGUGACUGCUGCUAAAGCUGCUUUCCACCAAGUAGCAGCGCAUACGGAUGGACCUGAUGUGGUUGACUUCAACUUAUUGAUGCGUGCUGUGGUGAUGGAAGAUAAAAAAGUAGACCAUGACAAGAUUUACGAGAUUUUGUCCCAUAUGAAAUCAGUGGAUGUGACACCUGAUGAAACGACAUUGCGUACCAUGUUGGGAUUCUAUAAGGAUGGAAGUGAGAUGCAAAAGAACUUGUUUUCUAAGCUAUUGAAGUCAUCUCAAGCUCGAUCAGAUCAAGUGUUUCUAAACAACAUUGCAUUGACGUCUUAUCUAAAGCGUCACGAUAUUCAAGAAACAGUGCGUAUGUUGUGCAAGAAUGACCGUGGUGCAUUGUUUGAAAGUGAGCGUGGUCAGCCUAUUUUACGCAAUGGAUUGACUUAUCAGAUCUUGCUGGAUGCUACGCAUGAAUCGCGGUAUUCGCAUCUUGCAGAGCGAUUGAUAAAGGACAUGGAUGUUCGCGGUAUGAAACCACCUCAAGUGAUUUAUGAAAAACUGAUUGAAUCCUUGGCCAAGAAACGAAAACUAGCCAAGAUUCGAAAAUACAUGGCCAAAAUGGAGACAGACAUUGGCAUUAGACCCGAUGUGAGCUUAUAUACCAAAAUCAUAGACAAUCUGAUACUUCGAGAUGCCCCUCAUUUAGCAAAAGAAGUGAUUCAAAUAGACAUGAAGGCAAAUCAAGUCAAGCCAAAUGCAAAUCUCAAAAGAAAAUUGAAAAUCAUAGAAUCCAAGUUAGAAUCCGUGUAAAUAAAAAAUAAAUAAACUCUA